CAGCUUCAGACACUACAGCCAAAGACACAGUUGCUGAAACACUCUCCCCGGAAAUAAUCAAGAAGAUAUUAGAUGCACAGGAGAACGAGAUAAGUGUCAGUAUGAUUGAUUUCGCUGGACAAUUCGCAUAUUACGCAUGUCACCAAAUUUACAUGAGAUCAUCGGCUUUUUACAUAUUGGUAAUGGACAUGACAAAGAGCUUUGAAGAAGUUGUCUUCGGUGAAGAAGAAGAAGACCAGAAGGGUUCUGUUUUUUCUACUUGGAAAUACAAAGAGUAUGUAGAAUUCUGGCUGAAUUCUAUUAAAUCAUUUGGCGGCCCUGAAGCACCUGUCCUUAUUGUUGCUACGCACACAGAUGGCAAAACAGAAGAUGAUAUAGAUGAUUAUUUCGUAUGUCUAUGGCGGUCCUUACCAGAGGUCGACAAAACAUGGCUGUCCAAUCAUCGCAGUGAAGAAAACGAAUAUGCAUUUGAACUUAUAAACAUAAAUGAAGGCGAAAGAACGCAAAAGUUACAGUUGCUGAAGAACGCCCUUGUUGAAGUAGUGUCAAAUAAACUGGACACAAAAAUUCCAGUUCGCUCAUCUUGGGCCUUACUAGAACACCUCUUACGAGAGUCUGGAAAACCAAUCAUAUCUUAUGAGGAAAUUCAGGAAAUGAAUAGAAAAGUUCCUGAGCAAUAUCGUCUAGAGAGCGAAGAAGAAAUAACGAAUUUUUUAACAUUCUUUCAUGAUCAUGGAAUACUAUUGUAUUUUCAUGGUGAAGCGACUCGCACACACGCAAUUCUCGGUUUACAAUGGUUUUCUGAUGCAUUCUCUAGGCUUAUAGCGGAUAAAAAGCAUAUCAACAGAGACUGCAAGAGACAACAUAUUACAGAAUGGGAAAAUUUCAACAAGACGGGAGAACUAAACAGUAAGUUGGUCGAAGCUCUCUGGAAAGAUGAAAAAGUGGACUCAACAAAUGCGCCAUCGUACAUAGAGUACAAAACGGAACUAAUGAGUUAUAUGGAGAGACUCCGAAUGUUGGUCAGUAUUGGUGAAAUAGGUAAAGGCCAGUCUUGGUAUGUGCCUUGUAUGAACAAAAAGCCGUUUACAAAAGACAUCAUUAAAGCAAAAGCAUGUUCCUCAAUUCUGUGUUUUCGAUACACAUCAUUUGCCAUAUUUGUGUUUUAUAGGCUCGUAGCUUAUUGCGUGAGUUCUCUCAAAUGGAAAGUUGUACCGGACAAAACCGAUAGAUGUCUUUUUCAAACAGCAGCAGUUUUUAAAUACAAAAACCACACUGUUUUACUCGGUAUUUGUGAUAAAGACAUCCAGUUGCAAGUCAACGCUUUGGACAUAAGAACUGAAGUCUCCUGUGAAAUAGGUCGUUUAAUCGACAUGGGCCUACAUGAACUCACUCAAACAUUUGAAAACACAAAUUUGACUUUCCAGAGAGGAUACAAAUGCCAAAAAAUAUUUUGUGACCAAAAUGAUACGUCGUUUACAUUAGUAGAGGACCUUUGUCAAUUAGGACUUGAAAACAUCGAGUGUUCCUGCUGUCCAAUUGGAGAAAACCACCAAAUAAAUGUACAAGAAACUAGGAGAUUCUGGGAACAGAAUCCUAAAGAGACUGACAGUUUCCCAACUGUAUCGCAGUCCCCUCUGGAAAGGACUGACUGGAGAG